AUGAGACCCGACUUUGCAACUAAGCAGUUCUAUCUGCUUGGCGAAGAUGUCUCCACAGCACGAGAGAUCGACGUCCCUACAACAGUAGAUGAGGACGAACUCAGACAACUAGUUGCAUCACAUUUCGCCAUUGUGGCAGCCAAAGGCGUUGGAUUUGUGAAUGACCACGAAGCCUUCUCUUCGGUCGCAGACGUACUCGAUGCCCAAGGUCCAAUCGCCAUCACUAUUGACGGCCGGGGUGUGCGUGACGUUCAGGGUCCCAAGGGUCUGCCAUAUGUCGGCAACUACUUUGAGAUCUACCCCGAUCAUCUGGGAAAUCAUCAACGACUAUUUGAGAAAUAUGGCCCUGUUUUUAAGACAAACAACAUGGGCAGUACCACUUAUCUUACAAACGACCCCACCCUGGCAGGCAUCUUCUUUUCAGAAAACGACUUCUUCACCAAGGACAUCAUCCCCGGCCAUCCGCUCUAUCCCAUCAAGAACAAUGAGGCUGGUGUCUUCUUGGGCGAUACCGACACCGAGGAAUGGAAAGUUGCACACAAGUUCCUGCCGCCUUUCUUUGGGCCAAAAGCCGUCCGUCACUAUGCCCCGACCAUGAACAAGACUGUUGAGGAUGCCUUCAAGGUUUUCGACGAGCUUGCAAACCGGGAUGAGGCGUGGAACGUGUACUCGUACAUGCUGAAGCUCGGCUCACAAGCCGUCGGAAAACUGAUCCUCGGCAUGGACUUCAACCACUUCUCCUCUGUGGAUGCACCACCACACGAGAUGGUGAUCCUCAUGGCCACCUCUCUCGAACUUAACAAGAAGAUUACGUCAAUGGGCAGUUGGUAUGCUCAUCUCCCAUUCGGCGACCCGAAAAGGUUAUAUGAUGCGAAGGAGCGUAUGCGCGUGAUGAUCGAAGAGGUCAUUGCGGGUGCAUCGAGAGGCGUGGAGGACUUGGGCCUGCAAGAGGCUGCACUGAAGGCAAACAACAUGGUGGAUUACGUGCUGCGCGCCACCGAUAACAAAGGCAAUAAGAUCCCAACAAAUCGGGUCUUGGAGCCCCUGGUAGUCGCCACUGGAGCUGGCUUCACCACAACCAGCUCUCUCCUGUCGUGGCUGCUCUACGGCAUGGUUAACUACCCCGGCAUGCAAGAACGCCUCCUCCAGGAGCUUGUUGACAAUGACUUCACCGACGAGACAGAAGUGACUGCCGACUUCACCGCCAAGUUGCCCUUCCUCGAUCAUUACAUCAAGGAGACUCAACGGAGACACAACCCGUCAUACCAGCCGGCGCGCACGGCCAAGUGCGAUCUUGUGCUUCCCGGUGGCUACAAGAUCCCCAAGGACUCGAUCGUAAUCCCGGCCCUGCACCACAUCCACAACAACCCCAGCAUCUGGGGCAACCCGGCUGACUUCGACCCUGACCGCUGGGACAGUGACCGCGUGAAGAACAAGCCCAACAACAGCUACAUCCCCUUCGCCACGGGCCCGCGUGGCUGCAUCGGCUUCAAUUUUGCGCUCCAGGAGGUGCGCAUCUUCCUGACCAAGCUGGUCUGGCGCUACAAGUUCACCCUGGCCACCGACGGCGCCAUCGACUAUGACCCCAUGUUCCAGCUGAUCCGCCCCACGAACCUGUACGUGCGCGCAGAGAGGAGGGUGAAGUGGCCCCCACGAAGCGACGUGUAG